AUUUAAGAUUAUAUCGACGACGACGAGAUACAAUUCGUCUACCACUAUUCCCCCAACCCAAUUCGCCAUCACUAUUUAGCUCUUCGCAACUCCUAUUUUCAUAGACUCCUCAAAUUAUCAUCCAGCUCUUCAUAACUUUCCAACCCCUAUUCCCACAUUAUCCUCAAAUUCCAGUCAUUAUCCUCAAAUUAUCAUCCAGCUCUUCAUAACUUCCCAACUAUGAAUUUUUAUGAUGCAGAAUAGCAUUGUGGAUACAGCAAAGCAAGCUAUGCAAAGAGCCAUCGAACACCAGCUGGACUUGAAGUCCUUAUUCCCACUAAGCUCCACUUCUUCGAUCAGUUACCACAUAGCUGAUUUCGGGUGUUCCAUCGGACCAACAACAUUAAUGUCCGUACAGAACAUCAUAGAAGCGGUCAACCACAAUAAUAACCAAGUAUCAACGACCAAACUACCACUAGAGUUCCAAGUCUCAUUCAACGACCAAACCAACAAUGACUUCAACACCCUCUUCCGCUCUCUACCCGACCACCGCCAAGACAACUACUUCGCCGCCGGCAUCCCGGGAAGCUUCUACGGCCGCCUCUUCCCGACGUCCAGCCUCCAUUUCGGGUCCAUCUCAUCUUCCCUCCACUGGAUCUCCAGGGUUCCUGGAGAACUAAUGGCGGCCGGUCGUAGAUAUUCCAUCCAAUGCACGGGACUCGAUGAAGAUGUCACGAGGGCCUACUCUGGCCAGUUCACUAGAGACAUGGAGGCUUUCUUUGAUGCCAGAGCGGAAGAGUUGGUGGCCGGCGGCUUGCUGGCGAUUUGGGCGUUAUGCUUACCCCACGGAACUGUUCUGGCCCAGACCGGUUUGGGUAUGAUAUUUGACCUGCUCGGCGCUAGCCUCGUUGACUUAGCAGAGUUGGGGCUCAUCUCCGAAGAAAAGCUGAAGAGUUUCUACUUACCAAUGUACUACCCCCAAGCUGAAGAGCUGGAAGCUUCCAUAACGAAGAAAAGAUGUUUCAGCAUACGGAAGUUGGUGAAAAUGGCUCCUCCCUCGCCGGAGAAGUCCCAAAAGCUGAUUCAGACCUCAGCCUCGCAAAUAAGAGCCGUCUCGGAGGAAAUCAUCAAGAAACACUUCAUAACUAUCACUCCCAAGACUGUGGAAUUGAUCUUUGAGCGUCUGAAAGAGAAGUUGGCUGAGAAUAUGGAUGCCAUUACUAGCCCGACCACUUUGCACCAUCUUGAAGUGUUCAUCUUGGCAAAGCGUCUUUGACUUCUCCUUUGCCUUCCCAUUGUACUUGGGCUUGCUUCCAGAGUUGUUCCAGUGUUUGUUUUCUCCCUUGUUUGUCUCUUACGUCUAAUAAUAAAAAAUAGGACCU